CUAUAUCAGCACCAAAUUGUACACCAAAUAGAUUUUGUAAAAAUAGCUUCAAAACCUCCCUCUCUCAAUCUUGACUCUGCCCAAGAAAAAAAUAUGGGGGAAUCCAAAACCUUUGCCAUGUUUCUUCUCCAUGUCUCCAUGCUUUGGUGCUUCCUUUUCUACUUAAUAUUGCUAUCUCUAAGCCCUACACAACCCAACUACACCAUUGUGAGCUUCCACAUCUCAACUCAUCCAAACCACGUUAACACGACUACUUCUAGGGUCAAUCAUGGUGGUCACAAUGUCAGGUUAUCGUUUGCACUUGAGAUUCAAAACCCUAAUCAACAGUAUGGUGUUCACCAUACCAACACCUUGUUGAAGUUCUAUUAUGGGGAAUAUACUCUUGGUGAGAUAACUAUACAUCGUUUUCACCAAAAAAGGGGAAGGACUAGCCAAAAAUUAAUCCACCAUGUGAGGGCCCAUGCAAGGACCAAACUUCUUAAAGCAGCAAUGUCGAAUUCGACCGUGGAGUUGAAGGGUCAUCUACCAAUUGGUUCGGAUGGGAAGAUUUCAGGUAAGAAGAAGAUUAAGCUAUAUCGUAGAGAAAUAUAAAAUAAGGGUCAGAGGAUAAUUAGUAUUUUUUUUUUUUUUUUUUUUUUUUUUUUGGGUGGCAAAGAUGUUUUGGCUAAGUUUGUAUACUUAUUAAUUUCUUAGUAGUAAAUGUGGAAAUUUCUUAAACCAAUUUGUUACCAACAAUCACGUUGUUCAUGAUUAAAGUAUUUCAUUCACAUAGUGGU